AAAAGGAAAACAGUAUAAGACAGACAAUAAUCAUCUCUGAAUUUCUCAUAAAUAAAAUGGAAGCCCUUUUUUCCUCUUUCAGACAUCCUCAAUUUUUGCAGGUUCGUUCUUUAAAUAAUAUUAGGGCCAAUGUUAAAAGAAGGCAUCAGCCUAUGAUCAGAGCCAACAUAUUCAAGAAACCCUUGGAUUCAACCAUACUCAACAAAUUGGAUGACUUCAUAUGCACAUUUCUCGACCCGUCGCCCCUCCGCCGGAGCAUCGAUCCCGAACACAGUAUGUCGGGAUACUUUGCUCCGGCGGAAGAGCUCCCCCCCACCGCAUGUAUUGAGGUGGCGGUGAAGGGGGGCGGCGGCCCCCUUCCCAGCUGUCUGGACGGGGCCUACAUCCGCAACGGCCCCAACCCUCAGUUCGUCGUCGCAGAGGGCCGCCGCCAACCUUAUCACUUAUUCGACGGCGACGGAAUGCUCCACAUGAUCAGAAUAUCCGGCGGCAAAGCCACCACAUUCUGCAGCCGCUUCGUCAAGACGCACAAGCACACGGUUGAGCGUGAAAACGGGUCCCCCUUUGUUCCUAGUCCUUUCUCCUCCUUCAACGGCAUCGCGACUUCCCUAUCGAGAUGCAUGCUUACCGCCGCACGUGUGCUGACGGGGCAGUUCGAUCCGCUGAACAAGGGCUUGGGAACCGCCAACACCAGCGUUGCUCUAUUGCCUGGUGGCGGCGGUGGCGCCAACCUCUUUGCUCUAUCCGAGUGUGAUCUACCGUACGAAAUAAAAGUGACGGAAGAAGGAGAUAUAGUAACCCUCGGCCGCCAUGAUUUUCACAGCAGCAGCAGCAGCAGCAGCAACAACAACAACAACAACAACAACAACAACAAAAACAACAACCCGUUAUUAUUCUUGAAUAUGACAGCACAUCCGAAGGUUGACGAAAAAACCGGAGAAACAUUCGCUUACCGAUGCAACACCACGCGUCCGUUCCUGACGAUGUUCAGAAUCGACCCCGACGGGAGGAAACAAAAGGAUGUGCACGUACACUCCUUGAAGGAAAACACGAUUAUUCACGACUUUUCCGUGACAGAGAAUUUCUGCGUAUUCGUAGACACACAGAUUGUGGUGAACCCUUUGUCGGUUUUGAGGGGAAGGCCGCCGGUAGGGGUCGAUCGGGCAAAGGUGCCCCGGCUAGGGGUGAUCUGGAAAUACGCGGAGGACGACAGCAGAAUGUGGUGGACAGAGGCGCCGGGGCUGAACAUGUUUCACAGUGUGAAUGCAUGGGAAGAAGACGGCGGCGCCACCAUUGUGAUGGUGGUUACAAAUGCUUUACAAGUUGAGGAGUUGUUUGAGAGCAUUGGUUUGGCGCAACUGAGAUUGGAGAAGAUCACCAUUGAUGUCAAAGCUCAGACGCUGCAGAGGCAACCCUUGUCCACUAAACUUCUUGAAUUUGGAGUUAUCAAUCCAGCUUAUGCUGCUAAGAAAAACAGGUGUGUUUAUAUAUAUAUAUAUAGUUACUUCAGUCCAUUUACAACCGGUCAAUGGGGAAAAUUUAAAUCGGUCAAGUAUGUAUAUGCAGCAAUGAUAGGGCCGAAGGGCAUAGACGGGAUAGUGAAACUAGACCUAUCACUAACACAUAAAGAUGGCCACGUCGACUGCGUGGUGGCAAGCCACCUAUAUAGACCGGGUUGUUGUGGCGGUGAACCGUUUUUUGUACCGAAGGAACCGAAUAAUCCAUCGGCAGAUGAGGAUGACGGUUAUUUAGUAACGUUUGUAACCGACGAGAAUAACGGAGAGUCCAAAUUUGUGGUGAUGGAUGCCAAGUCCGUGACUCUCGACAUUAUUGCUGCCGUUAAGCUACCGUGUCGAAUUCCGAGUGGCUUCCAUGGUCUCUUUAUAACGGAGGGUGACCUCAACAAAGUUUAA